AUGACAUGGGCGCAAUUCAAUGACAUCUUUUAUGACAAGUACUUUCCUCAGUAUUUUCGAGAUCGGAAAGUUUCUGAAUUCCAAGAAUUGAAGCAAGGUAGGAUGUCAGUAGUCGAGUAUGAGGCUAAGUUUACUGAGUUGGCCAUAUUUGCUCUUCAUAUGGUCAACAUAGAUUAUAAGAAGGCCCGAAAAUUUGAAGGGGGCUUAAACCUGGACGUGUAUAAUCGAGUAGGCAUAUUGAAAUUGCCUACUUAUGUGAAAGUACUUGAUAGGGCAUUGAUGGCAGAGGCCAUACUAGCAGCAAAGAAACAGAUUAAUGCUCCAAUAACUGAAUGGAGAGGAAAAAGAUCUGGAUCCAAUUUUCGGAAGGGCCACUCAUCCUUUACAAGCAAAGGGCAAAAUACUGGAUUUUCAAGUAGUUCAAGCCAAAGCAGUGGGUCUAUGCCAGUUUGUCCAGAAUGCGGAAGGAAGCAUAAAGGCAUGUGUCACCAUGCAUCUGGCACUUGUUUUCAAUGUGGCAAGAUAGGCCACAUGAUUAGAGAUUGUCCAAUAAGAUUCAACACUACUACCCAUCCUGUGACAAGUUCGGCUGGAUCUGCUCCUGCACCAAGAAUGAAUGUGAGAGCCAAUACUGGGGGAGAAACUUUGAGACAAGGCCGAGUUUUUGCAUUAGUACUUGGUGAUGUACAAAAUACCAAAUCAGUGGUGUUAG